AUGGAUCCCAAAGCGAUCUGUGUGCUCUCUGUCAUCCUCGUUGCAGCUCUCAGCACCUUGGCAGAGGGAAAUCCAGCACCAAGUAAAUGCCAAUGUAAACUGGGGUCCAGGGAGCGGCAGAACUGCGGCUACCCGGGAAUCACAGCAGCGGAGUGCAGGACAGCUGGGUGCUGCUUCGACUCUUCAGUCCCCGGCGUUCCCUGGUGCUUCGUUCCUAAAGAAAAGAAAGUGAGGAAAGUUUGUCCCAACAACUUUCACGCCAGGGUAAACUGCGGCUUCCCCGGCAUCACGGCUAAGGAGUGUGAACAGCAGGGGUGCUGCUUCAGGCCAUAUCCCCCUGGGUUCCCCUGGUGCUUCUACCACCACACAGUGGAGGAAGAGAAACUUCCAUCAAGAACCUUGCAAACUUUGGACCUACUCCAAUGGGAAACAACAUCCAGAGGUCCCAACUCAGACCUCAUUAUUUGUAAAAGCUAUGAUUUCUAA